CGUCCAUUCUCCCAUCCAGCAGCGCCACCGAUGCAUUUUCACCUGCUUCGCUCCCGUGUUGACCGUCCUGCGGUCCCGUGUUAGUUGCAGGAGACGGUCUGGAUCAGAGCUGAGACCCUCCCGCUGUUUUCCAGCAACACAACUUCACCGGUAAACUGAUGGACGGUUUGUGCACAGAUGCAGGAAGUGAAGCUGCAGCAGAAUGAAUAUUGGUUCUAAAAGUAAGAAGCGGGUGGUUCUGCCCAGCCGUCCUGAGCCCCCGACCGUAGACCAGAUCCUGGAGGACCUCACCAAAGCUGCUCCCAACGAUCCGGUCUUCAGCAUCCUGGAGAAGACUGGACAAGGCUCGUCCCGGCCUUCAGAGAGCGACGUGGACUUGAAGUUCCAGCAAUGCCGUCAGUACCUGGAGCUGAACAAUCGGCUGCAGGAGGUUGGAGAUCGGCUGCUGAAACAGAGGAAGGAGCUGCGAGCGGCGGGGGAACAGCUAGAGAGAGACGUGGCAGAGGUCAAAGGUCAAACACUCUGAAACUGUCCUCUCCUUCUCUGCUCGGGACGUUUUCAGUGCAGACGGCCCGGUGGCCCAGCUGCCAAUGAUGGACCUUGGUGGUGGUUCAGGAGCCCCAGUGUUGGCUGACCUCUGACCCCACGAUUUAAACAUGUGCGUUGUGCUGAUGAUGGCUGCUUCCCAUUGGUUCGCCAGCUAAACCUUUAACGUGCAACAGCAGCAGCAGGACAUGUUUGUAUCAGCGGUAACUUAAUAAGGCUGAUUCAGUCAUUACUUAUCAAUUAAUCAAUUUACUUUGUCAAAUCAAUUAACUUACAAAAUAUUACCAUAAAUGACAUACAUUUCCAGAGUGUUAAAUGAUGUUAAACUGACUGAUAUGUAUUUUUCCUGGACACCAUUUACUAAAAACUAUUAAAUUUCUUCUAAAAUGAGGUAAAGCAAAGAGAUGAUCAUGUUUAACAAGUUCAGACCAAGACCAUAACCCCUAACCCUUAACUGACUAUAAUCACAUCCUUUGUCAGGUAUCAGAACUGUAGAGUUUUUGAUUUAUCAGCCAUUGUUGCUGGUCAGAUCAGAUAUAAGUGUUUAGACUGAACUUGAAGUCCGUUUGUGGUCAGUCGUCGAUAAUUUGCCCUCCUCUGAGUUUUCCGUAUGCACGCUCCUGAAGUAAAAAUCCUAAAUUAUUCAUCUUGUGUAGUCACAUAUAGAGAAUAAGGGAACUCUGAAGCAGCAGAGCUGGAAACCCUUCACUGUUUCAAAGCGUCAAGAUGGGGACAUCUGUACGGCAUUUUUAUUGAAGGACUAAGUUCAAAUUAUUUCAAGUCUGUCGUUUAACAACAGUCAGAUGGAUAUGGCAAGCAGUUUUAACAUUUAUUCCUUAAAACUUAAAAGGCGCUAUUGAAAAGCUACUAGUACUUAUUUAUUAGUCACUAGUAAAAUUAAAAUGUUCCUAUCAACAAGCCAUUUUACUAGUCAUUAAUGAAUGACCAAUAACCCAAAACAAUUUCUAGUAAGAAUGAAAAUAUUACUAGUAUCUUUUGGAAUAGUUAUUAACUAAUGAAUAGGUACUAGUAUCCAAAUAAUAGAUACUAUUAAAAUUUAAAUAGUUACUAGUAACUAAUGAAAAUGUGAUAUCUGAACUGCAGAGCUAAAUAGAUUUCAGAGGCAAAAAAGUGCAAUUAGUAACUAAUGGAAUAGUUACUAAAUUAAGUAUUAGUAUCUAAUCAAUUGUUACUAGUAAAAUGGAAAAAGUUACUAGUGACUUAUAAAUAAGUACUAGUAGAUUUUAAAUAGCGACUUGUAAGUUUUAAGGAAUAAAUGUUAAAACUGCUUGCCAUUGCAGAAAUGGAUAGAAAGCCUUAGUCUCACCAUGAUGGGACCUUUUUUUUUUAUUUCAGAAAAAUAUGUACGGUAGUCAACGGCAGGAGGCAACUAAUGUUUAGACCCUGUUUGAAUUGUACCCAGAAUUUCACACGUUUGUCAGUUCAAAAGAUAAUUUAAUUCAAGAGUUGCAGUUUGUCGUGAAACUGUAAAGUAACAUUUAGUUUCGUGUGAAACCGCUCAAUGAACUAAAUCUCUCGUCUUGCAAAAUAUACGUCACUGACAUGUUAGCGCUGUAAUGCUAAGCUAACAUUCAUUAGUAGCUUGCUACUAGCUAGGUAACUUAGCUAUGUUCCACGCAUAAAUAUAAGUCACCUGACGUGUUUAAUCCAACAACUCCUGGUCAUCUACACAAGGAAGCUCUUUGACGUUAGCUUCAGUCACGUUAGCUUCAGUAAUGUGAGUUUUAAUGACGUUAGCUUUUGUAGCUGGAGCUUCAGGGACAUUAGCUUCAGGGAUGUUCCCUUCAAUUAACUUCAGUAAUGUAACAUUAGAUUCAGUUUGCUUCAGUGACAUUAGCUUCUGUCGCUGAGAGAAAGUUAUGGCAUCACAUGUGUGACUUUUGUGUUUGUCGUCUUUGUUUAAGUCUAAGAAAAUGCGUAUUUACAAAGACCACAAACCCAAAAGUCGCAUAUGUGACGCCAUAACUUUCUCUCAGCGACUGAAGCUAACGCCACUGAAGCUAAUGACGUAGGAGCUUGCGUCACAGAAGCUAAUGUAGCUAAACUUAAUGUCACUAAAGCUAACAUUACUGAAGCUAACCUCACUGAAGCUGAAGCUAACGCUAAUGUCACUAAAGCUAAUGUCAUUGAACACAUCAGGUGAGAUACAUCUGUGCUUGGAACAUAGCUAAGCUACCUAGCUAGUAGCAAGCAAGCAAUGAAUGUUAGCUUAGCAGCACAGUGCUAAAAUGUCAUUAACAUAUGUUGUGCGAGACAAGAGAUGUAGUUCAUUGAGCGGUUUCACACAAAACUAAAUGUUAAUUUACUGUUUUAGGACAAACUAUGGUGGACAAACUUGGGCUCUCUAUCAUUCCUUCUGUUCAUACUGGACAUUAGAAGAUCCUGAUGCUCUUUCACUGUAAGUGUUUGGGGUCACAAUCCUCAGUCUUUUUUAGAACAAACAUAGAAGUAUACAAGCUUAUCUGAAGUUAAUAUGAAGCUUCAGUUAGAGUUUAUCAAAUCUAGUCUACGUCGUUAAAGUUCUUCUUCCAGUCUUUUCCUCCCGUCCCUCCACUGCGGCUCAGCGAGUAAUAAAUAGACGAGAACCUCCGGUAUUUAAAACCAGUACGCCACCUCUACGAUAUGUGGGUUGUAGUGAUGGUGGUCUCGCAAUUUUUGGCGCAUCGAUUGAUCUUGUUUACAGGUUGACACCAUCGAGUCGUCCGCUUCCGACGUUGUUUAUCUACGCCUCUCCUCUUAAAACUGACUUCAUGUUCAGUCUGAACACCUUUUGUUUUGACGAGGUGUCAAUGAAUGUUACCCCUAACCCCAAAAACAAAUAAAAAGCACUAUGUUGAUGAUGAAA